GCCACCUCCCAAUCAGUCCCCAGGCGGGAGGGAUGCCAAGCAGCAGGGAGGCUGCCCAAGGUGGCACUGGGGCAUCCCGGGCAGGGGCAUUGCAGGCACAGGGCAGCUUCAGGCCCUGUGAUGGAGACAUUGUUUCGUCCUCACAGCCUGACGGCACCCGUGUUCCCAUGGAGAUGGUGCUGAUGGAGAAGGUGGGCUUUGGCUGCUGCAGAAUCAUCCAGCUCCUUGACUGGUUCGAGCUGCCUGACAGCUUCGUGCUGGUGAUGGACAUCCAGGAUCUCUUGCACGUCCUGCUGGAGCAAGAGUUUCUGAGCGAGGAGGCGGCACGUUGGCUUUUCUGGCAGGUGCUGGAGGCCGUGUGGCACUGCACCGCCUGCAGCAUCCUGCACCGGGACAUCAAGCCAGAGAACCUCCUUGUGAACCUGGAGACUGGCAAACUGGAGCUCAUCGACUUCAGUUGUGGCACCUUCCUCCAGGAGCGGGCCUGCACACAGUUUGCAGAAUGCCAACAUCUGAUCCGCUGGUGUUUGUCCAAGCACCCCAUGGAUUGGCCAGUGCUGGAGCAGAUCUUCUACCACCUUUGGGUGCUGGGCAGGCAUUUCUGA